AUGACCCCCACACUCUCUCUCGUUUACCUCCCCCUCUCUCGCUGGAUUGGAUCGGGGACGGGACCGAUCUCGUUCCCGAGCCGCCGCUCCCCUAGAGGCCGCCGCCGGCGCCCAGCGCCGCCCCUCGCGGACUCCUCCUCGCCCCUCCUCUCCCUCGUGCGACGCCCGGCUGAAGCCGCGGCCUCGCCUCAUCGUCGACCUGACGCCAUUCGUCGUCGCUGCCACCUCGCCCCCGUCGUCAAUCUACCUCGUCGGACCACCCCGAGCCCGUUGACUGUCCCUACAACAUCGCUGUCAGCUCCGCCACCCCCUUGUGCCUUCCCGAGCUCGGAUACGAGCUCCUGCAUGUCCUCCCCACCAUCCGUAGCUCUGGCCACCGCCCGCAUCGCCGCCCGGAUGCCCCCCCUCCACUUUCACCUACUGCUGAGCCGCACCGGCUCCCCCCAACACUUCCGCGGCGAGCUCCCCCCUCCUCCUCUCCCCCCGCCCCGUAGCUCGCCCGCUCCAGCGCCCGUCACACGCGCGCCUCGCUCUCCCCCUGCGCUGCUCACCCCGCUCCCCCAUCUACACGCGCGCUCGCGCUCGCCGCGCGGCGACCGCGCCCGUCUGCGCACCCGCGUCCCGCCUAUUCCGCUCUGCCGCGCGCGCUGCUACUCCGAUGCGCCGCAGCCGCCCCGCUCGCCGGCCGCCCCUGCUCACUGCACCGCGCGGCCUCGUCGCCACCGCUGCGCCGUACUGCCCCGCCUCUAG